AGUCUUAUUGUCUAAAUGCAGGUGAAACGGAAAACUGUGUUUCUUUAAAUCCUUAUAUCCGUAAAGUUGCUGAGAAAUGAAUAUGAGGAUCAUAGCUUUGUUCUUUGCCUUGUUUGUUUCUUUGAUUUACGUGGAUGCGAGACACGUCUUCUCAACUCAGGAUUCUGGUGAGACAGGAAAAUUUUCUGAGAAUGGCGUGACCUCUGUCAAAAUCCAACCCGCAGUCCGGUCUUCUAAAGGCAUAUCUCCAGAGUUCAUCUGUCUUUCAUGCUUGGAAGUGUCAAGAAAUACUGUGCAAGCAUUAAGCGAUCCAUUAUUACCGGAGAAAGUUAGCACAUUCGUGAAUGAUGCUUGUCACAUUCUCCCUUCAGAUAUGCGAGUAAAGUGUGUUGAGAUGUUAGGGAUGCACAUCGAUCAGGCUAUUGUGUUUCUUCAAGACUAUUUUAGUGAAGAAAAUCUUUGCAACAGUACAGGGUUGUGCCUUUCAAAUGCCAAUAGCUUUCCAAUGUUAAACUUGGACAAGGAUCUACAUUUAUCACUAUCCCAUGAUUUCUUGAGUAAGCCUGCAGUGCACCCCAGGCCUCUGCCUAAAGUGCAAAUUUCCUCUUCUAUGUUACAAAAGUUCACUAAUAAGGUAUCAGACGACAAAAGCUGUGCUGCAUGCCAUGCUGCCAUGGAAGAUAUACGUGAUGACUUGGAGGAUCCUGAGAUGAAGAUUAAGGUAAUAAAGAUUCUUCUAAAGGCUUGCAACAAUGUUGAGAAUCACGUCAAAGAAUGCAAGAGAAUGGUUAUGGAGUAUGGUCCUCUGAUUAUGGCAAAUAUUGGGAAAUUUCUAGAUGACAAUGACUUCUGCAGCAUUGUUCAUAUAUGUAAACCGUCGACCCACAACACUUUGAUGAAUACUGAAGAUUUUCAUCCACUGAUAGAGUUGCCAACCAGCUCCCAGCAGUGAUGCAAUUUCCAAAUGAAUUAUCUCAGGAGAGGAAAGAUAAGAAGAUCAAAUGGUCCAUCUGUGUACAUAAUGUUUCCCUGAUUGCAUGUUUUGCCUUGAUGGCCUGUUGCCACGGAGGAAUAUUAAAAGUACAAACGUGUGAUAUAGACAGCGAUUAUAUGGUUUGGGUACUGGGGAUAUUGCUUAGAGAUGCCCCUUGUAAAUCAUUAUGAAGGAUUUGUUACACUGAAGCAGCUAGAUAAAGAAUUGAACUGUUAAA